GAAUUCGCGUCAGCUGUGCACCCUGUGGGCCUGCCAGACGACUGGCAGAUCUGCGUUCAAUACUUGCUCGCGGCGUCUGGUCCCUUUGUCAGAUGCGCGUCUAUCAUCGGCCACAUGUGCGGGACGGCGGCAUACGAGCACAUCUGUCAGCAGCAGCAGGCGGCGGCUUGGUCAACCAUCAUCAAGCUUGUCCCGUUACCCCAAUCAGCACAACUGUGACCUCGGGGCGUGUUUGCAGCGGUUCAAGGCGGCCGUCAAGGCCAACAUCGACCAUGUGCCCGCAUUCAGCGAUGACGGAGGCGUGCGCGAGAGCUGGCCGCCCAAGGAACGAACCGACGUUGACAAAAACGUGAGCCAUGGAGGCAAUCGGUCGGCGGACGAGAGGCAUGGCAUCCGUCAAUCGUGUGUUGGUUGCUGUUGCUGCUGCUUGUUUGUGGAUGGAUGUAUUUUAUUCAGUUUGGGAUGUUCAAGCGUCACUUGUUUGUGUUCAAUCGUCGGCUGGAGACCGGCCGCAAGCGUGAGUCGGUGCUGUGCAUAGCCAACCGGGGUGUGCCCCUGUACCUCAAGUACAAGAACCAGUCGGUGCCCUGCGAACCGAAGCCGCCCGGCUAUGCCCGCAUGACGCCCGACGAACAGAAGGAGUGGAGGCAACAGGUCAGGUCGGUGGGGGGGUGGGUGAGGGAGGGAGGCCACACACAGGGAGCCUUUCUCGCCACGACAAUGACGGCUGCUGCUCUCAUUUGUCGGAUGGAUGGAUGGUGCAUUCAUUCAUUCACUGUGCAGGCUGCCGAGCAUCAGUUGAUUCGUCGGCGUGGCGCGAGGGUGCGUGGCGAGGGCAGGGGUGAUGAGGAGUUCAACCACAACUAUUCGCCGGUGGUGAUGCUGUCGCGUGUCGAGUUCGAGGCACUCAUGGACAAAAUGAAGUGGAUCAGGGCACAGCUGUCCGAGUAUCAGAAGAGGCUCUAGCCUACAUAGAAAGAUGGAUGCCUGCAUGCCUGCAUGCAUGGCUGCAUAGCCGUCGUCUGAGCGGCUUUUUGCAUCGUUGAGAUGGAUAAUAUUUGUGCGACCGAUAUAAUGGAAUGGAUUGGUCUUGAAGACACACGUGGGAUGGGAUGGGGUGGGCCGGCUGAGCUGAG